GAAUGUUGUUUACAAUUUGACAUUUUCCAACCUCAAUGAACAACAGAGGCUCAUCUGGUUUUCUAACGAACACGAUGCAAAGAUGUGCGUCAUGAAAGGAAAGGACGAGGAGAACUGUCAAAAUUACAUCCGUAUAAUGGCCAAGUCCGCCCAGGGCCGUUUGUUACUGUGCGGUACCAACGCUUUCAAGCCUAUCUGCCGGGAGUAUAACGUCCUCAACAAGAAUUACACCGUCGAAAAGGAGAAACACGGUCAAGCGGUGUGCCCCUAUGAUCCGCAUCAUAACUCGACGGCAAUUUAUGUGGCUACACCUUUUAAUACCUAA